GAUAAAAACACGAGAUACUGAUACGCAAUCGUCACUAGUUGAUACGUACCUGACAAUCUUCGACAUACAGAUCAGUUCCGCUACACCAUGAAGUGGUACGCUUUCUUCGUCGCUAUUUCUUGCAUCACUCGUUCUGUUACGGCAGGCGGUAACAUUGUCGAAGAAUUUCUGCGUCAUCUGGAACCUGUCAAAAUUGAAGGACCAUUUAAUAUUAAUUUGAACGAAGAACAAAUAUCGAUUCAAGGGUCAGUAGACACCUUGGUUAUCAAUGGAUUAUCGGAUUUUAUCGUAAACCGUUGGUUUGUUGACGCUGCCAACUCAAAAAUCGAAUUCGAUUUGAGUCUCGCAAAGUUAGUUUCUACCGGUCACUACACUAUCGAUGGGGUUUUGAUCAAUUUCUUCCCUCUUAAAGGAUCCGGAAAUUUCAACAUAAAAGUCAAAGAUGUUCGUUUAACUGGGCACAUUCAAAUCGAAGGAAAUGGCAGGAAUGGGAUUUCAGUCCAAGAAAUUUUGCUUGACACUCGUUUUGGUGAACUAACGAGCCAGUUGGAUAACAUCGGCGAGCAAUCGGAUCUGGACACAAUGAAUGAAAUCCUUGGGGUCGUGCUGGUUGAUCUAUUCUAUCAACAUGAGAAGCUCAUUAAGACAGUUCUCUGUGAAUCCAUUAAAAGUGACAUUAAUCGAUACUUGCUUGCCAAUAGCAUGGCCCAUUCACUUAUUCUUGGGACCGUUUUCCCCCUCGAACAAGAUAUCCCAAAACCGGAACAACGAAUAAUUAGAGAUAUUAGCGAUGUAGUGGACAAGCUGUUUUCAAACAUCCGGAUAAACGCCACCGAGGGCGGAUGGGACCCUAUUCGUUUACCUUCCGACUCCGCUGUGUUUAGCAUUACAUUGUUUGGUGCCACGGCGAAUGGUCAAGUUUCUGUCAGCAACGCUCGGCUCGGUGGAUUCUCAACGAUCCAUCGUACGGGUCCAUGCACAUUUGAAUUGGUGGCUUUGCAAAAUAAAGCGGAAGCGGUGGUCUUUGUCGGAGGUAACGACAUUGAACUGGGCGUCGACAUCAAAUGGGGUUUCAGCAUUUUCAACACAAACCUUCAAAUUGAAAUGAUCGUCAGGCAUGUCGAUUUGAUGAUCAGCGUCAUGGUCAACACUGAGACUUUUGAAGUAGCUCUGCAAGAACUUCUUCUAAACGAAAUCGGGACUGUUAAGAUUACCAUUGGAGGAAUCCCUGGCGGUGGCAGUGAUGUCAUUUCACAGCGACUUUCUCUGAUCUCUAACUUGGUCAAGGAUUCGCUGAUCUACGCUUUUCAGGAAGCGCUUAGACCCUCUGUGGAAGAGCUAGUCACAGGACCAGCCCUAAGCAGCUUCUUGGCCGAGAACUUAAAGUUUUAAAAAUUAUGCAUGGUUUAUACACCCCUUCAACAAGAUUUUAGAAUUAAACGAACUUCAUAUUCA